GAGACUGUCAUUUAAUAAGUUGACCUGAAUUGCAAUAGCAUAGCUUUUCUCCAAGUUGGGCUCACGAUACAUAAUUUGUUAUAGAUUCCUCUGCAUCUACAAGCCUUAAUACCACGUGAGACGAAUGUGCAAUGACAGCUUAUCGACGCGCACAAGCCGCUCGGCUCCAUCCUGGCAUUCCAGAGCCCUGGCAUGGAGACUGCACGCUCGCGCAGGUUUCCAGGAAUGGGCUAACACACACAGCCGCACUUCUGAAUGUAACUAACGACGGGUGUUUUUAUUUACAUUUUCUUUAGCUUAAUUUUAUUUCAUCCCGCUUUUCUUUAAAAAGACUUUGGAUUCGAACUACAUUGCUAUGGCUUGGCCGUGCAUUAGCAGAGUGUGCUGUCUGGCACGGUUUUGGAAUCAGUUUGACAAAUCUGAUCUUUCAGUGCCACUGACCAUUCAAAACUAUUCGGACAUCUCUGACCAAGAAGUGCGGUCCAUCACCAAACAGGUACCGACGGAGAGGGUUCUGGGUCACAACUAUUCCCCCCCGGAUCACCGCGAAUCAUCCCAGACACCCGGAGAUGUCCCGGGAACCCGGAGAUCAUUGAGGGGCCGGAGAGAGCCCAACUUCAAACCCCGGGAGGACUACCACCAACCCGACGUGCCUUUCUCCAGCAUCACUCAGUACAAGCAGGAUUACAAACCCUGGCCUAUUCCGAAGAAGGAGAAUUUCCCCUGGAUUAAUGACGGAAAAGGGGGCGACAUUGGUUCGGACAGCCCCAAUGACAGCCAGACAAAAGGGGACAGGGGGGAAAGGGAUAAAGAGCUCGAGGGCAGAGAGAGCUGGGGUGAGCAAGCGACAGGAACAGCCAAAAGCUCUUACAGAUCUUUCCCCAUCCCCAUCCUCUCCAGACAGGAGUACCGGCCGUGGGUGGGGGCAAGGCCAGCCAAAACCACCAGGAAACCACGACCUCCUGCCCCAUACGCCAGCCCUGGGCUUGGGGUCUCCCACCUCCCCAAUGAGACCAGCUACCAGGCUGCCUACAACGGAGCCAGGGAGACCUUCAGACACGCAGAGCUUCACCAGAGGGACCACAAUACCACCAACUCCAUCUCCGCUCCCCAGACCACUGCUAGCAACUCCGCCUCUAUCGCCCCCACCACCACUACUGCACUCCAGCAGAGCAGCCCGUCUGAGACACCCGACCUCGCUAUAGUGACCGUGGGAGAGGAACAGUUGGUAAGGACAAAGCUCUCUCCCAAUCCUUCUGCAGUGUUUCAAAGUGGAUCCAGGAUAUUCAACAUAUGACUGACUCUUCAACUGGUUACCGGGAGACCAAAGAGCCAAUGAGGGAAUGUUAUCUGUCCAUUCCACAUGACAAAAGAAAUCUAUGCAAGGAAUGUACAUUAUCUUAAUGUAAGGAGAAGUCCGCUUACCAGUCCAGUAAGUCAGAAUAACCGUGAAUGAAAAAACAGAUGUUGCAAACAAUGAUUUUACAAUUCUGCUUUACAAAAAUCUAAUAUGCAUGGAACCAAAUGGUUUAAAAUCAAGCUUUUUUUUUUGCAGUUUUAAGACAUUAAUACAAAAUGGCUCCUCUGUAAUAUACAGUGGAUAUAAAACACACCCCGUUAAAAUGCCAGGUUCAUUGUGAUGUAAAUUUUUUAGCCAAAAAUAUAUAAUGUCAGAACUUUUUAAUUUUCAGUUUGUUUUUCAAUUAAAUUGUUCACAUUAUAGGUCACAUUAAAGGUGGAAAAAGU